CCACUAGUUGCUCGCUCAAUGACUAUAGCAAAUGAAUAAACGAUGUUCGUUUUUCUUUUGCUAAAAAAAUUUCACUGUUUGAUGAAUAGAUUUUUCAUUUUGCUAUAAAAUAUGAUGAUGAUCACUAAAGAAGAAAUCCUAAAUUUAAUCCAAAUUGCUCGUAAUUCUUUAGUUUAUAGCUAUUGUCCUUAUAGCCAUUUUCCUGUCGCAUGUGCAUUACUUUGUCAUGAUGACACCAUCUAUACAGGAUGUAAUGUUGAGAAUGCAGCUUAUUUUGGUUCGAUCUGUGCUGAACGUACGGCCAUUGUAAAAGCUGUUUCAAGUGGCCAUAGAAAAUUCAGAGCAAUAGCUAUUACAUCGAAUCUAAUGAAUGAUAUCUGUGCACCUUGUGGUAAUUGUCGCCAAUUCAUGGUAGAGUUUGGUAAAGAUCUGAUUGUAAUACUGGCCAAUCACAAUAAUGAUGAGUACAAACAAUACACUAUCAAUGACUUGUUGCCUCAUUCGUUUGGACCUGAAAAUCUUACGGAUUAUUACAAAUUAAUAGCAAAAUCAUCAUCAUCAUAAUCAUAAUCAUUGAAAUAUAAUCAUAAAUAAAGAAUCAAUAUUCUUGCGAAUGGAUUUCUAAUAAUUAUUCUAUUAAUUACAAAUAUAUUAGAUUAAAAUUGAAUUAGAAUUGAGA